AUGAAAUCCGAGAACCUGGAGCCCCGAGCUCCCUUUACGAUCCCUCGUAUCCUGUCGAUCCUAAAUAGCUGGCGUCUCUGGAUCCUCGUGCUCUUCGCAUUUUUCUUCUCCCAGGCCGACGGUGUCAGCUCCAACAGCGGUCUCUCUCUCUGGCUAAAAUCUCAAUCCUACUCCGUCGAGUCGAUCAAUACCAUCACGACUGUUUCGCCAGCCGUGACGAUCAUCGCAUCGAUCACUAACGGCGUGAUAUCUGAUAUCUAUAACGCAAAGGUCAUCUUGAUUGCCAUCACCGCUGUGUUGAAUAUCUUUGCAUGCAUCGUGUUAGCGGUCUGGUCUGUUCCGGUGGGAUUGAAGUUCUUUGCGUUCUUCCUAUCGGGCACGGCGAAUGGCAUUGCGGCGAUUGUGUAUGCCUGGGCGAAUGAGAUCUGUGCGGGGAAUGCGGAGGAGAGGGCGCUGGUUAUUAGUGCGAUGAAUACGGUUGGUAAUGCGUUUGGGGCGUGGAUUCCGUUGUUGUAA